ACAUGGCGGCCGCGGCCGGGCUGGUAACGGAGAAAGUUUCCAACGACACUGGUCUGUGCUAGUGGGGCCGGCCUCGGGCCCUCGAGCGCUCGAGCCCCCUGGCGUGCCACCUCCUCGCUCCGAGUAGCAGGCUCAGCCCCAAAGGCCUUCCUUUUACUGUGUUGUUCCCAGAGCCGACUCCGAGGGUUGAGAGAGCUUUGGUGGUGACGGCCGAGUCAGAUCGCUAUAAACAAAAAUUCCACCAGACAAAAUGUUGAAAUAGAAGUUACAGAUACAUUGGAUUUGCUGGAUGAAACACAAGCGGUUAAUUUUUGUCGAGUGGGAAGAAAGCCCAAAUUGCCAGAGUACAUGUGUAAAUCACUGCGUUAUUGCUUUAGUCAUUGUCUCUACUUAGCAAUGACGAGACUGGAAGAAGUAAACAGAGAAGUGAACAUGCAUUCUUCAGUGCGUUAUCUUGGCUAUUUAGCCAGGUUCAAUUUACUGGUUGCUAUAUGCUUAGGUCUUUAUGUAAGAUGGGAAAAAACAGCAAAUUCCUUAAUUUUGGUAAUUUUUAUUCUUGGUCUUUUUGUUCUUGGAAUCGCCAGCAUACUCUAUUAUUAUUUUUCAAUGGAAGCGGCAAGUUUAAGUCUCUCCAAUCUUUGGUUUGGAUUCUUGCUUGGCCUCCUAUGUUUUCUUGAUAAUUCCUCCUUUAAAAAUGAUGUGAAAGAGGAAUCAACCAAAUAUUUGCUUCUAACUUCCAUAGUGUUAAGGAUAUUAUGCGCUUUGGUGGAGAGAAUUUCUGGUUACGUCUGUCAUCGACCCACUUUAUUAACCACAGUUGAAUUUCUGGAACUUGUUGGAUUUGCCAUUGCCAGCACAACUAUGUUGGUGGAGAAGUCUCUGAGUGUCAUUUUACUUGUUGUAGCUUUGGCCAUGCUGAUUAUUGACUUGAGAAUGAAGUCUUUCCUAGCUAUUCUAAACUUAGUUAUUUUUGCAGUCUUGUUAUUUUUCUCCUCAUUGGAAACUCCAAAAAAUCCAGUUGCUUUUGCAUGUUUUUUUAUUUGCCUGAUAACUGAUCCUUUCCUUGACAUUUAUUUUAGUGGACUUUCAGUGACUGAAAGGUGGAAACCCUUUUUGUACCGUGGAAGAAUUUGCAGAAGAUUUUCAGUUGUUUUCACUGGAAUGAUAGAGCUUACAUUUUUUAUUCUUUCAGCAUUUAAACUUAGAGAUACUCAUCUCUGGUAUUUUGUAAUACCAGGCUUUUCCAUUUUUGGAAUUUUCUGGAUGAUUUGCCAUAUUAUUUUUCUUUUAACUCUUUGGGGAUUCCAUACCAAAUUAAACGACUGCCAUAAAGUAUAUUUUACACACAGGGUAGAUAACAAUAGCCUUGAUAGAAUCAUGGCAUCCAAAGGAAUGCGUCAUUUUUGCUUAAUUUCAGAACAGUUAGUUUUUUUUAGUCUUCUUGCAACAGCAAUUUUGGGAGCAGUAUCCUGGCAGCCAACAAAUGGAAUCUUCUUGAGCAUGUUUCUCAUUGUUUUGCCAUUGGAAUCUAUGGCUCAUGGGCUCUUCCAUGAAUUGGGUAAUUGUUUAGGAGGAACAUCUGUUGGAUAUGCUAUUGUGAUUCCCACCAACUUUUGCAGUCCUGAUGGUCAGCCGACACUUCUUCCGCCAGAACAUGUACAAGAGUUAAAUUUGAGGUCUACGGGCAUGCUCAAUGCUAUCCAAAGAUUUUUUGCAUAUCAUAUGAUUGAGACCUAUGGAUGUGACUACUCCACAAGUGGACUGUCUUUUGAUACUCUACAUUCCAAACUGAAAGCUUUCCUUGAACUUCGGACUGUGGACGGACCUAGACACGAUACAUAUGUUUUGUAUUACAGUGGGCACACGCAUGGUACAGGAGAGUGGGCUCUUGCAGGUGGAGACAUACUACGCCUUGACACACUUCUAGAGUGGUGGAGAGAAAAGAAUGGUUCCUUCUGUUCCCGACUUAUUAUUGUAUUAGAUAGUGAGAAUUCAACCCCUUGGGUGAAAGAAGUGAGAAAAAUCAGUGACCAGUAUAUUGCAGUACAAGGAGCAGAAAUGACAAAGACAGUAGACAUCGAAGAAGCUGACCCACCUCAGCUGGGGGACUUUACGAAAGACUGGGUAGAAUAUAACUGCAACUCCACUAAUAACAUCUGCUGGACUGAAAAGGGACGCACCGUGAAAGCAGUAUAUGGUGUGUCAAAACGGUGGAGUGAUUACACUCUGCACUUGCCAACGGGAAGCGACGUGGCCAAGCACUGGAUGUUACACUUUCCUCGUAUUACAUAUCCACUAGUGCAUUUGGCAAAUUGGUUGUGUGGUCUGAACCUUUUUUGGAUCUGCAAAACUUGUUUUAGGUGCUUGAAAAGAUUAAAAAUGAGUUGGUUUCUUCCUACUGUGCUGGACACAGGACAAGGCUUCAAACUUGUCAAAUCUUAAUUUGGAACCCAAAGUGGAAUAUUAUUGAGAGUUCAUACUACUAGUUAUCACUAACUUGCCAUUUUUUGUAUAUUUUUAUUUGUGAAAAGUUAUCUUGCUACUUCUGUAGCUGCUCUCUUUGUCUUUUUUCAAGUAAUUAUGGUAUAUGUAAGGUGUUGGGAAUCAGCAUUAUUUUAUACUAAAAGUAUGUAGGGAGUCAUAAAUUCUGACUCUGUAAAUGCAUAAGAGAUGUUAAAAAUAACAAUGCACUUUGAGGAAUGUUUGCAUAUGCCUCUGAUUAGGAAGAAAACAUUUGUCUAUGCUCUGCAGUGGCCAAUGAAGAAUUACUAAUGCCUUAUUUUCUAGGCAUAGAUUAGAGAAUGUAGACCAGACAAUUUGUUUACUAUUACAAGAAGACUACCAGUUUGCUUACAGGAGAUUAUUUUUUGUGAACAGUAGGUUUGAGUCCAAGACCAUUUGAAGAAUUACAAACUCUUUCUUAGAAAAAGGAAGAAGUCUGCUUGAAAUGAAUGCAAAAUUUCCUUUUAGUCCAUCACAUUCAAAUGUCUUGGUUGUGACCUGUUACCAGUAUAGGAGAGAAGCCCAAAUCACUGUUUAGAUCAAAACAUUCUUCAUGUAGGUAACUAUAAGAGGCUAGUGCCUACAAAUUACUUCUUCAUGCAUUGUUGGGAGUCUCUGAAAGCACUGGCGAUUUUAAGAGUCUUUCUCAGGGUAACUUAAUGUUUUCUUAAUGAACAAUGUUUUCAGCUAAAAAGUCCUUCCAAGUAUAUUAUCUGCCCUUUCAAAAAGUAAUCUUAUAAAAGAACUUUAGCAAUUUCUCAAUUGAUUUAGGCUAUUUUCAGUAUUCAGAAAUGAUUUUGAUCUCUGUAGAAUUAAUUGUCUGCUUGAAAAUUAUUCUUCAAAUCCCUUUUAGUGGCAACAUUUUUUUCUAUUGAAGGUCAAAGGAUUGGAAACUGGUUCUUGUAUCCAUGUAACGUGUUAUGUGAAAAAGUAUUCAUGUUGGCAAUUUUAGUUAAGCAUUAUGGUGUGGGUGUAAUUUUUAAAACUUAAUUCAGUGUCUCGUCUGAUUAAAGCAGGCACUGAUCAGUGUAUCUCCUAAGAGGUAGUUUACCUCCUAUUCCCUUCCAAUAAUCCUUACAUUCUAAAUUUUCAUCUGUGAGAAAUAACAAGAGGGAAUAGAUUUAAAUUGAGGGAUAAUCUAAUCUUUGUUGUUUAAAUGGUGUGACUUCUCACAUUGAAGCCAUUUUUCCGGCCUCAGAGAGGACGUAAUGCCUCUACCAUUUUCUACCUGGUGACUUGAAAAUUGAAGUUUUAGUUAGGAAGAAGUCACUUAGCGUCAGGGAACUUGUAUACCACUAUCUAUGCAGCGUUGUUAUAGUCUGAUUAUUUCUGUGUUUUGAAUAUGAUUUUCCUAAUGCUUUGAAUAAAAUUUUGUUAAAAAUUCA